AUCGGCUACUUUUACUAGCACACUACUUCGAACUCUCAUGCAUGUCGUCUUCUUCGCCUUCGAACACGAAGCGACCUCCGUUUGAUUCGAUUCCUCGCCGAAACGCCGAGCAUGAGCCAGCUUCGGAACGCAAUCAGGUCGACUUUCGCCCUUCGGAGUAGCGUCGCCACUGCUCGAGGCCUCCCUCCGCUUCUCCGAGACGUGCCGCGACCUUUCUCGACGGAGCCGGAGCAGCCGGCCCAACCGGAGGACUCGUCCGCCGAUCCGUUUCUUCGACCUCCGAACACUGGUCUAGUUUAUGCAAAGCUGUUUGGAGUGUCGAGACACACCUUGAAGACUGAUAUUGUUAACCUGCUUGAAGGUUGUAACCUGACCCAGGAUGAUGUCAGAUUCCACUACAACCGGAUGUUUGUGCCAACGGGAAUGAUGGUGCAGUUUCCCUCUCGGUUUGAAUUCGAUCAGGCUUUUAAGGUGAUUGGUAAGAAGGGUCGCUUGUACAGAUUGGAGAGGGCUGAUCGUUCACAGUGGGAUCUUCUCAUGAAUUAUGGUGGGAAAGCGCUUUUACUGCAAGGAAUCCCUUUCUCUGCUACUCCAAAUGACGUGGAACGGUUUUUGUCCGGAUGUCAAUAUGAGGCAUCCUCCAUUCAGAUGAUGGUCAGGCCAGCAUUCCCAGAUCCAAUUAAGAUGGCAACUGUGAGCUUCCCCUCGCAGAUUGAAGCAACAAAUGCUUUCAUCACCAAGAAUCGAGGUUUCUGCCAAAAUAGUCAGGUUUUGUUACGAGUUCUGCAGUAGAGGAGUUCCUCUUCGUGUUCCCUUUUCCAAUCUGUCCACAAUGGUUUUAGAUGUAGUUUAAAGUACUGGGGUAUAAAAAACGCUGCUUGUUCGUUUUGGCUCCUUUUCUUUGGUUAGGAGCUUUUUCACCCAUUUUACCCUUGAGAACGUCCAUUUAAGUGCUAGUUGUUUUAAUGAGAUUCAGGCCACAUUAGCCUUUCCUAUUGAGGAAAUCUGUUUUGUCUGUCAGAUAGAAAUAUUAUUACCAUCCUCCUCUCACUCUCCUUUUACGGUCUUUUAAGUCUGCUUCAUUUGGAUUAGGAGGUGUGCUGUAUGCGGUGGAAAUUCCUGCAUGAUUUGGAGAUAAAUGACUAGUGAUGCCACAUGGUUUACCUGAUA